CCUCCGCACGGUAAAGCUGUUCUUUGCGAGCGAGAUUUCAUCUAGCAUUAGUCUGUCUUACCCGAGAGUGGUUCUAACGAUGGGAGGAAUCGCUAGAAAUUAUGUGGUGAUAGGGCUGGCUGUGCUUUUUUUCUGCACUCUGUUCACUAGUGCAACAAAUGUGCCAAAAGUGCUUUGCUAUUACGAUGGAGAAGCUUCGCUUAAAUCAGAUGCUCUCGCCGGUAAGGUGACCUUAUCAGACGUAGGGCCAGCGUUGGCGUACUGUACACAUCUAGUGUACGGGUAUGUCGGUAUUGAUGCUACCACCUAUCGCCUGAAGGCGCUCAAUGAAGCGCUCGAUCUGGAUUCUGGAAAAGGGCAGUUCCGGGUUGCAACAGGCUUAAAGUAUCGCUUCCCGGGGCUCAAGGUGUUUUUGAGCGUCGGAGCAUACUACGAUUUGGCGGCACAGGAGAAUUCUGCGUCUGCGAAAUACUUGACCCUUCUGGAAUCGAGUGAAUCAAGAGCGGCAUUCAUCGAUAGUACGCGCAAGCUGCUGAAAGAAUACGGUUUCGAUGGUCUCGAUCUGGCAUGGCAGUUUCCUCAAUCAAAACCAAAAGGGAAUGCUGAUACAGUGCUCGAUUCGAAGGCUACCGAGCAUCGCGAGCAGUUCAUAACACUUGUUCGAGAUUUGCUCACUGCGUUCGACCACGAUAAGCUAGAGCUAGGGUACACACAGCUACCACAUGUUAACGAGACCGUUUUCCUAGACAUUCCGAAGCUGAACAAUCUACACCUGCAGUACAUAAGCAUCAAUGCAUUCGACCAACAAAUUCCGCAACGAAACCCCAAUGAAGCAGACUACUUGGCUCCACUUUAUGAGCCGCAAGGACGAGUUCCUGGUAAAAACAUCGAAGCGAGUGUUUAUGCGUGGACGAAACAAGGGACCGCUCCGACUAAAAUCGUCGUCGGUAUUCCCACCUACGGUCGCGGAUGGAAGCUGGUGAAAGAAUCGGGUACGGCCGGUGUACCUCCUGUGAGAGCUGAUGGACCAUCACCGAUCAAGUCGUACUCUACUUACGCCGGAUACUACAGCUACGGUGAGGUGUGUUCCCUACUCGCCACUGGAACAUCAACCAAUCCAAUGCACAAGGUGCAUGAUCCCCGAUUCGGACCCUAUGCAUUCCGGGUCGCUGAUGGAAAGGAGGAAAACGGUAUUUGGUUGACGUACGAAGACGCGGAAAGCGCUACCAACAAGGCACGAUACGUGAAGGAAGCUGGACUUGGAGGAAUCGCAGUCAACGAUCUGGCGGACGAUGACUACAUGGGCAGAUGUUCGAUUGAAACAUUCUCCAUCACUCUAGCCGUUGGUAGAACUCUCUCAAAUUGAACUACAGCAAUCGGGUUUGCUUUUAAUUAAUGAGAUGGACAGAACUCUAUCAAUGUGAUGGUAAAGAACCCUUUGUAAACGUAUAGUGUAUCCCUUUUUAAUAAACAUUUCUGCACCACUCACCCAACGGUAGAGUGCAUCAUAAAAA